CCCAACAUUCAAGUCGCAAUGAGAUGGUGCAGUGCCUUACCUGCUUUGAGUGGUACCACUGCGUUUGUUUGGGCAUUUCUCUCGAAGAGGCCAACGAAUUCCACGAUGGUGGAUUGUGGCUGCACGUUGCCCCACCCAUAUCGGAGCCACGACAUGUGAGUGUACAGUGGAAUCCCUACUUUUCGAACCUCCUGAUAACUCGAACCCUUGAAAUGCUGUUUCCCUUCUCUCAGUCGAAAACUGUAACUUUACCACGAUUCCUAAAGCUACCUUAUUAUUUGAACAAAGUUUUGUUUAUGUUGAAUGUGGGAAAAAAUCUUGAUUCCACAGUACUUUCUCUGCUGCUUUUUUGUUUUGGCUCGUUUAUAAUGUUUUUAAACAUAGCGUACUGUUCAUUUUAUCUAUUAUAUUUUGUAGAUCGGUGUACUCAAACCAAGGUAGCAUUCUGCGGUUUCUAACGAAGGCGUAUUUGAAGGUUUGUACGUUAAAGAUACACUUAUUAUAAGGAUUUUAUCAAAUCUAACUUACGGGUUAAAGUUUACAUUGCUUCGUUUCCUUUUCAGACAUCAACAACAGAACUCCUAAUUAACAAAAGUAUACAUUAAGGCUAGCAUUGAACACCGAACAUCGUCUUUUGUCGCACCGAGACUUGGUGAGGUUGGUAACAACUGGACCCUUCGGAGGACACGCGGUAAUUUCAUUUGUAGAUUUAAAAAUAUCUAAACAAAAAGAAUUUCGAUACUUAGAAUCGCUUGUAGGACAUCGACGAUUACUGAUUGUGUACAGGAACAGGUUGCUUUGCGACGUAAUUUUGUUUUUUCAUUGUUCUUUAAAAGAUGAUUGUUUAAAUGCCAUUAUUCCGCAUAACGCAAAAAUAACAUGCUCGCAAGGCCUUAGUUUAGUUUAGUUUCGCGAUUUUCGGCUCUCAUGGUACACAACAUGCAAGAAGUUUAAAACUAACAAAAAAGUAAAGCGACCUUUGCUUUUUUUAUCUAGUGCCUAUUGACAUUAUGAUCCCUUCGUUUUCAAACAAACAGGCCGAGCGUAUGACAGCAGUUGCAAUGCCAAUCAUUGCUUCACUUACGAAAGACCUUUCCCUACUGACCCGGCUCUUUAUGGAUGUGAUGCUACCAGAAGUAUUGUAUUUGAAAUUGUUUCUAGAACGGCACGGCUUAUGGUUUAGUAUCUGAAGACUUAUCAUAUUUUAAUCUUUCAAUUAUAUACCGCGACUUUUCCAGCUUAAAAAAGGGAGUUUUUGAUGACAAGCCUUAUCCGUGACGGUCACCUCCAAACUUGCCCAGUGUUUUACAUGUAACUUUUUGGGUUAACAGGUUUUCGGUAUGCUAUAUUUCCAAAGGGUGUACACUGCAAACCGUUUCUUAUUUAGGAAGUUAUUUUUAAACCACAACUGUCUAAAAAGUUCUUGCUUUUUCUUCUUAUCUUUCAGAGCGUAAUCAAGUUCAUCAUGGAAAAAGAGGAUCUCAAUUAUUUUAGAGCUUCAAUUUUCUUUCAAAAUAGUCUUGUUUC